CCUGAGAGGGAGGUUCCGGGUCUGGUUCUGAGGCCGCGGCCAUGAGGGGGCUGAGGCGUGUGGGCUGCGGUCUCCUUCUCCCGCCCCCUUCCCUUCCCCUUCCCCCUCCCCCUCCCCCUCCCCCUCCCGCCCGCCUGCCCGCCCGGGGCGGUUCCUCCUUCCCCGUGGGAUGGAGCGCGACAGCGGCAGGACGGGGCUGCUGGGGCUGCUGCGGGCGAGCGGCGCCGGCAACACCCGCUGCGCCGACUGCGGGGCGCCAGAUCCUGAAUGGGCCUCUUACACACUCGGAGUAUUCAUCUGUUUAAAUUGCUCUGGGAUUCAUCGCAACCUUCCUGAAAUCAGCAGGGUCAAAUCCCUCCGGCUUGACUUCUGGGAGCAUGAUCUUGUCGAGUUUAUGAAGAAGCAUGGGAAUCUCUGUGCAAAGGCUAUCUAUGAGGCAGAAGUCCCUCCUUUCUAUUAUGUUCCCCAGUCUAAAGACUGCCUGGUUUUAAGAGAACAAUGGAUCAGAGCUAAGUAUGAGCGGAAAGAAUUCGUUGCCACAAGCAUCAGCCAUGACGCAUGUACCUCAGGCAGCCGUGAAGGAUUUCUGUGGAAGCGUGGGCGGGAUAGCAAGCAAUUCCUCCCAAGGCAAUUCAUCCUGUCAGCAAGAGAUGGGGUGCUGAAAUACUACACCAAAGAGUCAAAAGGUCCAAAAGCUGUGAUUAGCAUUAAAGAUCUGAAUGCAAUGUUCCAGACAGAGAAAAUCCAAAACUCCCAUGGGCUGCAGAUCACAUACAGUGAGGGUGGUCAGACAAGGAACCUUUUCGUCUAUCAUGAGAGUGGAAAGGAAAUUGUUGACUGGUUCAAUGCCAUUCGGGCAGCGCGUUUCCAUUAUCUUAGAACCACCUUCCCCACUGCCCCUGAGUCUGAGCUUGUACCCAAAAUUACGAGGAGUUAUUUCAAAGAAGGUUACAUGGAGAAAACUGGACCAACGCACAAGGAGGUCUUCAAGAAGCGCUGGUUUAGCUUGGAUUCACAGGAGAGGAAUCUGAUCUACUUUAAAGACCCAUUGGAUGCCUUUGAAACGGGCCGAGUGAUUAUUGGAAGCAAAGAGCAUGGGUACGAAGUCCGGGCCAGCUUGCCCAGAGGAGUCAAAGGAAGGAGGUGGAAAGCUGGACUCACCAUAGUCACACCAAAAAGGGAGUUUGUAUUUGCAUGCGAGAAUGACAGGGAGCAGAAGGAGUGGAUGGAGGCUUUGAAUGAAAUAAUUUCCCAGCCCAUGACUGCCUAAGAAGCCAAUUUCAGGCAGCGCUGACAGCCAGUCAAGUUGCAUUUGAUAUAUCAGUUGAGAGGAAAGAUAAACUACGAUAAACUGAAAGAUGCUGGUUUUUGCUGUUGUCUUCUCUCAGAUGUAAGAAGGAUUCCAGUUUCAGGACAUAUUCGUUCCUUGGACUCUCUACUGAGACUGUUUAGCUCACAAGAGCAAUGGUGAUUGUAGGUAUGACCUCCUGCACUCCAAGAACCAGCCUGAGACAACCGACCUUACUUCCUGUGGGGCAUCAGCAGCUGUUACAUUAUAUUACAGCCUUUCAGCCACUUCUUACAUGGACUGCAUGAAGCCAGUAACCAAGAGAUGAUGGGUUGUGUAUUCUGGGGUCAGGAUCCACUGGGUGCCAUUUUCAGGAGUGCCUAGCACUGGCCUCAUUGAACUUUGCUCUCGUUGAAGUCAGUGCAGCUUUUACCAUUGACUUCAGGAGGAAAAUGAGGCAUGAGCUGAACACCUGGACUUAUUAAGAGGUGCUGAGUAGCUGCAACUCCUCUUGGCUUCACUGGAUUUCUCACCUUCUCUCAGGACAUGAACUUUUUAUUACAAACCAGUCUCAGGUCCUUUGCUGUUUGUAUUUCUGAUAACAUAAAUCCCAAGUUCUGUAAAAAUAAAAGAUAGUUUUACCUUA